AUGAGCCCGCCCCAUUCUCCCUCCUUCCAUCACCUUGGCCCAUUCUCCUUCCUUCCAUCACCCUGCCCCAUUCUCCCGCUUUCCAUCACCCCGCCCCAUUUUCUAGUUUUCCAUCACCCCGCCCCAUUCUCCUGCUUUCCAUCACCCCGCCCCAUUCUCAUGCUUUCCACCACCCCGCCCCAUUAUCCCGCUUUCCAUCACCCCGCCCCAUUCUCCCGCUUUCCAUCACCCCACCCCAUCCUCCCACCUUCUAUCACCCCGCCCCAUUCUCCCUCCUUCCAUCACCUCGCCCCAUUCUCCCGCUUUCCAUCACUCCGCCCCAUUCUCCUGCUUUCCAUCACCCCGCCCCAUUCUCCUGCUUUCCAUCACCCCGCCCCAUUCCCCCGCUUUCCAUCACCCCGCCCCAUUCUCCCCCUUUCCAUCACCCCGCCCCUUUUUCCCGCUUUCCAUCACCCCGCCCCAUUCUCCCGCUUUCCAUCACCCCGCCCCAUUCUCCCUCUUUCCAUCACCCCGCCCCAUUCUCCCUCCUUCCAUCACCCCGCCCCAUUCUCUGCUUCCCAUAACCCCAGCCCCAUCUCCCGCUUUCCAUCACCCCGCCACUUUCUCCCACUUCAUCCCGCCCCAUUCUCCCUCCUUCCAUCACCCCGCCCCAUUCCCGCCCCAUUCUCCCGCUUUCCUUUACCCCGCCCCAUUCUCUCGCUUUCCAUCAACCUGCCCCCUUCUCCCGCUUUCCAACACCCCGCCCCAUUCUCCCGCUUUCCAUCACCCCACCCCAUUUUCCCAUUUUCCAUCACCUCGCCCCAUUCUCCUUGCUUCCAUAAUCCCGCCCCAAUCUCCCUCCUUCCAUCACCCCGUCCCAUUCUCCCGCUUUCUAUCUCCCCGCCCCAUUCUUCCGCUUCCCAUCAUCCAGCCCCAUUCCCCAGCUUUCCAUCACCCCUCCCCAUUCUCCCUCCUUCCAUCACCCCGCCCCAUUCUCCUGCUUUCCAUCACCCGCCCCAUUCUCCUGCUUUCCAUCACCUCGCCCCAUUCUCCCGCUUUCCAUCACCCCACCCCAUUCUUCUGCUUUCCAUCACCCCGCCCCAUUCUCCCGCUUUCCAUCACCCCGCACCAUUCACCCGCUUUCCAUCACCCGCCCCAUCUCCCGCUUUCCAUCACCCCGCCUCAUUCUCCCGCUCUCCAUCACCCCGCCCCAUUCUCCCGCUUUUCAUCACCCCGCCCCAUUCUCCCGCUUUCCAACACCCCUCCCCAUUCUCCCGCUUUCCAUCACCCCGCCGCAUUCUCCCGCUUUCCAUCACCCCGCCCCAUUGUCCCGCUUUCCAUCACUCUGCCCCAUUCUCCCGCUUUCCAUCACCCCGCCCCAUUCUCCCGCUUUCCAUCACCCCGCCCCAUUCUCCCUCCUUCCAUCACCCUGGCUCAUUCUCCCUCCUUCCAUCACCCUGCCCCAUUCUCCCGCUUUCCAUCACCCCGCCCCAUUCUCCCGCUUUCCAUCACCCAGCCCCAUUCUCCCGCUUUCCAUCACCCCGCCCCAUUUUCCUGCUUUCCUUCACCCCGCCCGAUUCUCCCGCUUUCCAUCACCCCGCCCCAUUCUCCCGCUUUCCAUCACCCCGCCCCAUUCUCCCGCUUUCCAUCACCCCGCCCCAUUCUCCCUCCUUCCAUCACACCACCCCAUUCUCCCGCUUUCCAUCACCCCGCCCCAUUCUCCCUCCUUCCAUCACCCCGCCCAAUUCUCCCUCCUCCCAUCACCCUGCCCCAUUCUGCCCCAUUCCCCAACACGGUGUGUUGAACACACGGUGGGUGGAACACAUUGUGGGUUGA